AUGGCGAACGGCGGUGACCAGGACCAGUGGGCCAAGCAGGCGGCCAAGGCCCUUUUCGGAGGCGGCGGCUCGCGCCAACGGAGGAUGUCCCUGGACGACGAUGACGAACCGACAGCGAACGCCCCGGGCCGAUCCAACGCCGGGCUCACCAUGUCGCCCGUGAGGACCGCCGACGACGAUCGGGGUCCGGGCCUGCAGGACGGCGAGGUCGUCGCUUUCGCUGUCGACGGCCUGCCCUACGUCGUCGACGUGGAUAACUCUCGGGGCGGCGACGCCGUGCGCUUCGGCGUGAGCAGGCUGGACGACGCGCGCUCGAUCGCCGAUCCCGCCACGCACCUCACCGUGGUCAAGCAGGGCCGGUACGUCGGGUUCGCGUCCCAAAUGCUGGGCGGUAAGAUGCUCCAGGCGCGGCAACGCACCGCAGGGGGCAGGCUGUGCUUCUACAACCCCAACUUCGGCGUCAACGAGCAGUGGGAGACGAACGACGAGCCCGAGGAGCCCGACUGGAGCUCGUGCGAGAUGAGGCUCAAGAAUCGCAGGUUGCCCUCGUGCAUCCUGCGCGUGGAGGUCAUGCGCGUGCCCCGAUCCAUGCGCGAUCCCGGGGACGGCUUUCACAACCCCGUGACAACGCCGCGUGGUAUCCGGGCGCACCCGCUCGCCGAUGCCGGCGGCGACGUCGACUCUGAUUCCGAAUCCGACGCUCGCUCUCGAGAGCUCGCUUUUGCAGCUCGGCAACUCCCCGACCCGACCCCGGCCCCCCACCACGCGCCUUCGAUCUCCCCUGCCGGUACCUCCCCGCGGAAGCACCACGGCACCGCGGGAGUCAACCCCGCGGGAGUCAACGCGUCGCGCGCCUCGGUCGACACGGAGGUGGACCAGAGCGUGCGGCGCCUGGUGGGCUACCACGAGCUCGAGAUUGUCGAGAAGAACAAGCCGGGGACGAGCUCCAGGCCGGGGUCGCCCGCGCGUCGACUUCCGCCGGAGGUGCCCGGUCGUUGGGAGGGUACCAAGGACGAGGUCCCGGUCGCGCCGGGAUCCUUACGCAGCCAGCAGACGCGGAGCACGCGCGGCGGCGGCGGCUACGGCUACGGCGUCGGCGGCGGAAUGACCCCCGGGGUAUCGUCCGGUGGUCGGCCCCCGCCCGGACACAGGCGCGACUCCGCGGGCGAGCAGUCCCACGCGCUCAGGUCCAUGUCCGGCGUGCUCAUCAAGGAGUGGAGCGCGUUCGUGCUCAAGGAGGUGCGCGCCAGGAAGGAGGUGGAGCGACAGAUGCUGGAGCUCAGGGACGAGAUGCGGGGCAUGGCGGAUGGGUUUCGCGCCGAGAUUGGCGAGACCCGAGCGGGGUGGAUCUCCGACGCGCAGUUUUACGGCGCCAAGGUUCGGGAAGCGUACGAGUCCCAGGCUGCGCAGCGCGAGAAGGUGAUGCAGAUGGCGGCGAGGACGUUCUUCCAGCGGUGGCUCACCAAGGCUUGGCGCAAGUGGGUGCAGGUGACGGAGGAUCGGCGGAGAAGGCGAACCGCGGCGAAUCGAGCGAUGCGAAGGAUGUACUACGCACGGCUGGCCGCGCCCUUCGCAACCUGGCGCGAAUACGCCAAGAAAAUCGCGCGCAUGCGACGCGCGCUACUCCUCUUCGACGACAGGCGCGGCGCUCGCACGGCCGUGUCGACCCUGCGCGCGUGGAAGCACAGGAGCGUGUUCAUGAAGCAGCGCCGGCGCCUCGCUCACCAGAUGCGAGUGGACCGCGUCAAGUCCUGCGCCAGACGCGCUCUCAUCACCUGGCGCAUGCGCUCCGAGGUUGGGGGCAAGAGCCACGAGCACGUCAUGCGCUGUAUCGCGACGCGUGCGGUGACUCGCAUGAAGAUGCGGUGCGUCUCGAACGCUUUCGACGCGUGGGCGUUUCAUUGGAGGGAGCAGCGGCGGCUCAAGGCGGCGGCGGAGCGGGUCAUCGCGCGGUGGACCAGAGCCGCCGUCGCGGACACGUUUUACUCGUGGGUGCAGGUGGCCAAGGGGAAGCAGCGGCGGCGCGAUAAGCUCUCCGCGCUGGUCCUCCGCGUCCUCGGGCGCCAGCUUCACUCGUCGUUCAUGCAGUGGCUCCAGACGGUGCGCAAGGCGAAGAGGGAUCGACACGUCGUCGGCGUCAUCGGCCGCCGGCUCAACCGCGACGCGCUCUCGAGGGCGUUCACGGGGUGGUGCCAGAUCAGCGGCGCGCAGCGCUCCCAUCGCAACCGCGUCCUCGCGUUCACGCGCAGGACGCUCACGCGUUGGGCGGCGCAGAGCGCCACCAUGGCGUUUGAGCGCUGGCGCCAUCAGUCGACGACGAUGCGCGUCACCAGGGUCAAGGCUGAGCGGCUGGUUCGAACGUGGCGCUACCGCGACGUCGCCAACGCGUUCGAAGUUUGGCAGACGCACACGCUCGCCAUGCUCGCCGCGAGGGACAGCGCCGUGCUGUUCGCCGUGAGGCUGAUGCGCGGGUCCGCCUACAAGGCUCUCAACGGAUGGCGCGACGCCGUGCGCGAGCGGCGACGAAUGAGGAAAAAGUGCGACAAGCUCCUCCGCGGGUGGCUCAACCGAAACCUCUCCUCCGCGUUCCGGGGCUGGCACGCGACGGUCGUGCGAUUCAAGGUGCACCGCGCGCGCGUGCGCUCGUUCGUCUGGCGCAUGCGCUACGCCGACGCGACCCGAUCGUUCCGGGGCUGGCGAGAUACCACCGCGCUGCUGCUCCGCCAGCGAUCCGUCGUUGCCAACAUCCACGGGAUGUGGACCCACAAGACUUUGGCCGCCGCCUUUCGAUCAUGGAGCCAAACCGCGCGCCAGAGCAAGGACAAGCUGGCGCGCGCCAAGAAGAUCGUCGCGCGCAUGCGUUCGAUGAAGCAAUCCAUCGCGUUUGUCGCGUGGAGGGACGCGGUUGAGCGACUGGCAAAGGACCGCGCCGUGGCGAACAAAAUCGUGCGGCGGAUGAUGAUGGUGAAGAUCACCGCCUCCUGGUACAAGUGGAUCGAUUGGAUCGCGGAUCGCCGCGAGUGGCGCGCGAAGGAGGCGCGCGCGGUGCGGUUCGCGACGCGACGCGCGCGGGACAGGGUGGAGGCGAUUUGGGAGGCUUGGUUCACGGAGGUGAAGCGGCUGGUCGUCUACCGCCGCCGCGCCACCAAGGUUGUCGCCCGCAUCAGGAAUUCCGUGAUGACCAGGUCCCUCAACAAGUGGCUGGACGCUACGAACGAAAUCAGGCGCAUGCGUUGGAUCGAGCAGAAGGGCGCGGCGCACUUCGCCAAGGUUCUCGGCAGCAGGAUAAUGCGCGCGUGGCGAUCGCAAUCCUUCGUGUUGGCUCGCAAGACGGCGACGGCGAAGAAGGCGGCUCGAAAGAUGGACGUCCUUCGCACGAGACACUGGUGGAAGAUAUGGCUGUCGCACGUCGCCGAUAACCUGCACCUCGCCGCCGCGAUGCGACGCGCGGUCAAGUCGUGGACCAAAGGGCAGCUCGGCCAGGCGUGGCGCAAGUGGCUGUCGCACAUUGACCGAGCUCGGGUCGCCAUGCGACUGGCGCGUCAUCAGCACCAGAUGCGCCAGGCGGUGUACCGCGAGAAGUCAUCGCGAGUGCACUUUACGCUGUGGAAGGAGUGGUGCAGGGAGUACCGCCGGCUCGCGAACCUGGUGCAGAAGGCUUACGUCAAGUCGCAGCGCCUGUACAAGCAGAGCGUGUUCAACCAGUGGCGCGAGUUUUUGGCCGAGAUUGACAGGCGCAAGGAGACGGUGUCCCGCGCGGUGACGUCCAAGCGGCUGCUCACGUCGUGGUUCCUGGACUGGUACUGGCAGGCGUUCGAGGGCGACAUCAGCAGCGCGCUCGGUCUCAUCACCGGGAACACCGACGCCGUCAUCGAGCAGGUGUACGGCGAGGACAGGCGCGUGGAUCGCGGGGUGUUCCAGGAGUGGCAGCGGCUCGGAUCGAGCCUCGACGCGCUCGCGCAACCGCUGGAGCGCGACGCGAACGUCAAGGUUGCCGCGGCCAAGUUCACGGACAAGAUCAGGAGGGCGAGCGUGGACAGGAGGGGGAGCAUCGACGGCGCCUCGCUCUCGUCGGCUCUCUCCGACGACGGCAGUCGCGGCGGUUUCGACUCUCCGGGAGCGGGCGCCGACGAGAGCUUCAGGAGCGCCGACGCCGGGGACUCGUCGUUCGCGACUCCCGGCGGGGGAUCCGCGGUGUCCUCGCCCGGGUUCACGGGCGGCAAGAGGUUGGGCGGCAGCAUCCUUGGGGGCGGCGGCGGUGCGACUGGCACUCCCGGGAGCGUGAAGUCUAACAAGGAACGGGCACUGGAUAGGCUCCUCGACAGCGACAGCGACGGCGAGGAAUACACCCAGUCGCGACGGGCGUUCGCGAACGCCGUAAGUGUCGACUCAGACUGA